CUUUUAGUUAGCGUUAUUGGAAAAUAUUUAGGUGUUGGACCAAAAGAAAGAGUGCACCCAUCAAUUUAACUGGAGCAGAGUUUAUUAAAGAUUUGACUGAAGGACAUCCUUGUGGAUGCUAUGUGCUAUGACCUACUACGUAUGAUUGUUGGAUGUUUCUUACAACUUGUAGAUGAGAUGAAAACAAGAGGUCUAUUAACUGAUUCAAGAACGGUUAGAGUUGAGGAACAGUUGGCUAUAUUUCUAUUUACGUUAGCUCAUAAUGAGAGGAAUAGAGUUGUGCAAAAUCGUUUUCAACAUUCAAGAGAAACAAUUAGUCGGUAUUUUAACAAGUGCUUGAAAGCUUGUCUACGUUUAGGAAAACACUAUGUCAAGCAGGCAGGAAGAAGUAUUCCGCAAGAAAUAUCCUCUAAUCCACUUUUCUAUCCUUGGUUCAAGCUUUUUGAAGGAUUGUAUUGGAGCUAUAGAUGGAACUCACAUUCCUGCAUUAAUUCCCGUGGAAGAGCAACCAAGAUAUAGAAAUCGUAAAGGAGUUCUUUCUCAAAAUGUCCUUGCUGUGGUAGAUUUUGAUAUGAACUUUCAAUACGUGCUUGCUGGUUGGGAAGGCUCUGCUUCAGAUUCUAGAGUUUUAAGAAACGCUGUUUGGGAGAGAUCAGAAAAUAAGUUGAAAAUUCAAAAUGGAAGAUAUUACAUAGUUGAUGCAGUUAUGCAAAUACAAAGGGAUUUCUAGCACCUUAUCGUGGUGUACGAUAUCAUUUGAGAGAAUGGAGCCAAACACAAGCACCACAAAAUGCUCGUGAACUCUUUAACUUGAGACAUUCAAAGCUUCGAAAUGUCGUGGAGAGGACAUUUGCUGUUUUGAAAAAAGAUUCCCUAUAUUAACGACUCCUCCUCCAUAUUCCAUCAAAAAACAAGGUUGGAUUGUGCUAUCAUGUUGUAUACUUCAUAAUUUCAUUCGUAAGUGGAACUGGGACGAUUCAUAUUUUGAAGAACAUGUGGAAGAGGAAAUAGAAGAUUCCCACAAUUUGGAUGAUAUUGAUUCAAAUGAAGAAGAACUUGGACGAGGACCGACAGAUGUUGACAAACAAUACAUGUGCAAUCUAAGAGAUGGGAUAGCUCAACAGAUAUGGAAUGCUAGAGCAAUUAGGUAGAAUAGCAUAUGUUGAAAGGGACAGAGUAGGUCAUUGUCACUUGAAGCAAGUGGUAUAGCCACCACCAUUUUGUAAAAUAGGUAGAUGUAAGAGGUUGGUCGAGAGAAAUUUAGAAUUGGAA